UUUCUUUGAGACUCAUAUAAACAUGGUAAUGAUUCAAAUAGAUGAAUGUUACAUUCUUUUGCAUUUUGACCAUUCUAAUUGUCUGAUAAUAAACAGUGAGAAGAUGUACCGUAACAAAACGCCUACCGUUCAGAGUUCUACUUCUGGUAAUGCACCAAGUAAUCAAUCACAUGCAGAAUUAUUGAAAAAGAAACGUUCUCAUGCAGCAACUAGUUAUCUGCCAUACGUGAAUUCUACAGGGAAUGGAUCUGGUUCUAAUCCGAGUACAAAACGUACUCGUCUGCAAACUUCCAAUCAAGAAUGCCAAAAUUCUGUAGCAGAUGGACUGAAUUCUAGUAGUACUGUUGUCACCACAGAACGAACUACUACUGGGAUUAGAGUUAGUGCACGUCUUCAGCAACAAAGUGUUAAUGAUCAGCCAGUGGUAAACACCAUAGUUGAAGAGCGAGAUGAUAAUGUGAUGUCAGAUAUUAAUCAGGAGCCUCCUUCAGGUACAACCAAAAAGGUGCGAGGGAAGACAAGAGGAGUGAAUGCAGAUAAGGUGUUCUCCCAAUUGAAUUCUAAAAUACCUGUGACUCUGACUGAAGAAAAUGGCAGACCUACUGGCCCUUAUGCUGAGAUGUUUGCAAAUGAAAUUGGUUACACAAUUCGAAACUACGUCCCACUGAAUGUGGAAAAAUGGAAGAAGAUUGAAAAAGCAGAUGUGGAGAACUUGAUCAAAAGAAUGCAGAAUAAAUUUGAAUUUGAUAUGUCGCUCCCUUGGGUCCAGAGAUAUGUAAUUACAACAUGUCAGACCGUAUAUUGUAAUUUUCGUUAUAAGUUAAAGAAACAUUUUGAGUAGUUUUCAACAAUUGAGGAGGCAAUUCAAAACAAACAUGAAGCUGUCAAGACUCAGGAAGAAUGGGAGUUUCUUUGCACUCAUUUUUCUAGUGAAAAGUUUAAGAUUCGCUCAGAGAAGAAUGUUCUUAAUAGGUCAAAGUUGACAUAUCACCACAAAGCUGGGUCAAAAUCAUUUAUGUCACACCAAGAGCAAAUUGCAACACAGAACGGAGAGAUGCAAGGUGCAAUUGAUCGUUUUGAAACAGAGUAUAGAAGUAC